AUGACCCCAAAGUCUCCCACAACACUUGCGUUCACCUCUUCCGAAAUGGUCUCUCAGGCCCAGAUCCUAGACCGCUCCCUUCCCACGCAGAGUGCUACUUCUUCCGUAUCGCGUCACUCUGGCCGGCGACAUCGCUCGAGCCGCUCCCACCACGGUGGGCUCAUUCACCAACCUCAGAAUGAUUUCCCCAUUUUCACCCACACCGGCGAUGUCGAGAUAGUGAUCCGCGCAAGUGGGCAAGAAAGGCGGUACCUAUUACACCGGUUGAUUUUGGCACAGUGUUCAGGCUUCUUUGACACCAGUACUCGCGAUGAAUGGUCCCGACAGGCUACUACGUCGAGGCCACCCAUCCCCGAUCCUGCGGUGCUAUCCCGAAUUAGCGAAGAUAAUUCAUCUUUGUCGAAUGGUUCCACUCUUGCUCAGUCUGAGACGGGGGCAGUGUUUUCUCCCGAGAAGAGGCGAUGGAGAUUUGAGCUAGACUGGGAAAACAAGGCGGAAGACGAGGAACCAAUCCUAGUUCAGAAGCCCCCAAGCUUCUCUAGCACUUUUGGAAACAACCUGGGGCAGUAUCCUCCGUCGGUGACGAAACCAUCAGGUACACAAGCAGGCUUCGUCCGUUCGAUGGCAAACCUGGCCGGCAUGCAAUCCGUUAUGAACAUACCGCAGACCGAUACGGGAAACGCACCAAUGGAUCCGACGAUUCGCGACUACGAUAAUCUUUUCCGCUUGUUCUAUAAUCAUCCGCCGGCGCUAAACAGCGUCAACAUUGCGACUGCCUACGCCGAAUGCAGGUCUCUUCUUGCGCUAGCCGACAUGUACGAUGCCCUUCCCGUAACGGGACCGCGAGUUGAUCACCACCUCCUCGGAUUUGGGUCCCGGCUCUUCAAGCAAAUCGCGAAAUACCCCCCGAGCUACCUCAAACUGGGUUAUCUUGCGCGCAGUCGCGUCAUCUACUCCGAAGCCCUAAUCCAUGUUGUCGGGCAAUGGCCUGCGGGACUACCGCACUUGCGAAAUGGUGCAUAUUCUCCGCUCCCGGAUACUGUGCUAGAUAUUAUCGAGGAUAAGGUCGAGGAUCUAGAAUAUCUGAAGUCGCGCAUUGACUCCAAACUUUUGCGACUCACGCUCACUACCUCCCGCGGCGAACGUCACCACGCCCCCGCCGGCUCCAAUCCUGAAGAAUUCUUCCUCGACGCCCCGACCACAAGCAGCCACAGCCGUCCCUCCCAGCCCACUGCCCACCGGGGCCAGGACCAUCACUCGGCCGCUUCGAAAGCCGCUACCGCUGCGCCUCUACCCUCCGCACGGGUCUACCGCCUGAUUGGCUCGGCCUCUACUCAGGCUUAUCUGCCUCAUGAUGAACUGAAGAAGUUUCUCAAAGUGCACCCGACCCCUUCGUCGGACUCUUUAUACUCUCGAGAUGUUUUCAAACGUUUUGAGCGCAAGAUGGACGAACUCAAACGACUAGCUCGCGAAAUCGUUAGGCCAUUAAUGAGGAAUUUCCUCGAGCUAGACCUCAAAGGCGGCGAACUGGACACCAGCUCCGGUGGCCUUCCCCAUUUAACCUGCAUCAAAAUCGAAGACGAAGACAUUCCAUGGGAUUAA